AAACUAAGCUUUCUUAUUAAUACAGUAAAAAUGGCAAAGCCUUUCACCUUCAGUAAUCAAGCACUAGGAAUGAAUCUUGAGCUUCACGGUCUCUGUACUAACCCACAGGGAGACCCUGGAAAACCUGGUCCACCUGGUCCACCAGGUCCUCCCGUAACACCUGGACCUGACGAUCUUCCUAAAGGAGAAAAGGGAGAAAAGGGAGAAAAGGGUCACUGUGGGCCAGAUGGACCAGAUGGACCCACAUCAGGCUCUCGUCUGAAAGGGGAGAAAGGAAUUCUUGGGUUUCCUGGUUUAAAAGGUCUCCAAGGUAAAGAUGGACCAGCAGGACCUCCAGGUCUACAGCUUGCUAAUAUCGUUCCUGCUCAGGGACCCAAUGGAGACCCAGGUCCACCUGGUCACCCUGGUCUGAAGGGUGAAAUGGGGGAUCCAGGUUUGAAAGGUCCUCUAACUGUUCUCAACAUAGAAACCUUGAAAAGUGAUUUCAUUAUUUUUGUCUCUAAUGACCCAGGGCCACCUGGUGAUCCAGGGCCAUGUGGACCAGCUGGGCCACCUGGGGAUCAUGGAUUAAUGGGAGAUCCAGGAUUCCCUGGCCAUCCAGGAGAAACUUUCCCAGGUAAGCAUCAUGUCUCUACAUCAAAAAGGCUUUUCCAGUGUCAACUCUUUGUAUCAGUCAGAGCUAAGUGUUGUCCUUCUGGUCUGGAAUCACCAGGGGAAAAAGGGGACAGAGGAUUGAAUGGGGUUAUCCUGGGGAUAAUUAUUGCAAUUUGGGUCGGGAAGGGCCACCUGGUCCUGCUGGUCCUCCUGGACCCCCAGGAUACGAUGGAGUUCCUGGGAGUGCAGGAGAGAGAGGUGAACCAGGGGCCCCUGGAGAUCCAGGGAAAUGGGUAUCAAGGUCUGAGAGGAUACAAAGGCUUCCCAGGACCCAUAGGGCCUAAAGGUUACCCAGGGCUUCGAGGUCCUCCAGGCCAAGGUAUUCAAGGUCCUAUGGGGCUGCCAGGAGAACCAGGAAACCAAGGCCCUGAUGGCCCGCCUGGAUUUCCUGGACCUCCAGGUCUUCCCGCAAACUGCUUAACUAAGCAGUUUGCAUUCACACAUUUAGGGCCUUUAUGUUGUACGGAUAACUCUGGGCCCCCAGGACCAAAGGGUGACACUGGAGCUCCUGGGCCACCAGGACCACCCGGAUAUGGCGGCCCUCAUGGAAUACCAGGCCCAAAAGGAGAACAAGGAGAUGAUGCCUUUGGAGGGUAUGGGCCUCAAGGUCUUCCAGGAUUGCCUGGUGAUCCAGGUGAUCCAGGUCCCACUGGAAGCAGCUAUGUUGGCACACCAGGCUCACCUGGACCACAAGGAUCGCCAGGGCUCAAGGGGUCUCAAGGUGAUGAUGUCUCUGGUAGUCCUGGAAUUCCUGGACAAAUUGGAUUACCUGGAAGCCCUGGUCCAAAGGGUGUUCGUGGUCUAUUGGGUCCUCCUGGAGUAACAGGAGAAAAUGGGCCCCCAGGUCCUCGCACAUGUAAAGGACAGGCUGGGGAUGAUGGGGACCCAGGUUCACCUGGAAUACCAGGGACUACACCUGAUUUUUGUGCUACUCUCCCAGGCUUACCAGGUCCAGCAGGUCCCCCAGGCCCCCUCGGACCUGAGGGUCUGCCUGGACUGCCAGGUAUAAAGGGAGAAAAGGGACUGAUUGGUAUUCCAGGAUAUGGACCAAAUGGUCCUUCAGGCAAACCUGGCCUACCUGGCCCCCCUGGUCCGCCCGGGCCAUAUGGUUCGAAAGGAGCACAUGGUGAACCAGGUCUACCAGGGCUUCCUGGGGUAAAAGGAAUUGAAGGGGAACCUGGUUUAAAUGGUGCAAAAGGAUUUCCUGGGAAGCCAGGCUUACCGGGGCCUCCAGGCAGGAAAGGAGAGAGUGGUAAUCAGGGGCCAACUGGUUUGACUGGAGACAUUGGAUACAAAGGUUACAAAGUGGUGCUGGACUUAACCUUCUCAGGUAUUAAGGGAAGUCAGGGGAUUCCAGGCAAUUUCACCAUGCUGAAAGGCAACAGGGGCGUACCUGGACUCAAUGGAGAAUCAGGAUUGCCAGGACCAAGAGGACAUCAAGGUCCAUCUGGGUUGCCUGGUAAACCGGGUCUGGAUGGAUUUCAUGGUGCCCAUGGAUUUCAGAAAGGUUUCCCUGGCUUGCCUGGAAGAAAUGGCCCUCAGGGACCACCAGGCCCACGAGGGCCCAGAGGAUAUUCAGGUGACAGGGGAUUCCCAGGACUCGCUGGAAAGCAGGUAAAUCACUAUUUGUCAAAUGAUCAUAAGCUAGAUAAUUGUCUGGAAUAUGAUAUGCAGAUGAAAAAUAGAUUGGGCUGCCAGGCAACAAAGGUGACAAAGGAGAUUCUACUGGAUGUUCUGGUCCUCCUGGACCAAAGGGGGAUAUGGGUGAUAGUGGAUGCCAAGAAUGUCCAGCUGAAUUUGGAGAUCCAGGAGACCCAGGGAAUCCUGGACAUCAAGGUCCACAGGGACAGCCUGGUCGUUCUGGUCCUUCUGGACUACCAGGUCCUUAUGGACCUCAAGGAAACAGAGGUCCUCCAGGUCUUUCUGGUCCUUUGGGUCCUCCAGGCUUUCCAGGGUUUCCUGGACCUGAAGGGUUUCCUGGUCUACCAGGAGAGAAAGGCUGGUAAUUAUAUCAUUGGCCCUCCUGGGUUACAAGGUGAUCCAGGAGACCAAGGCCCAUCUGGUGACCCAGGAAUCCCUGGAGACUUUGCAUUUGGGCCCAAAGGACAGAUUGGAUAUCCUGGAGACCAAGGUCCCCCAGGUAUUCCAGGUCUACCUGGUGCCCCAGGUGCAAGCUGUGGAACAUUAAUUCAAGGACUCACUGGGGACCGAGGACCAACUGGAUUUCCAGGACAUCCAGGACUUGCAGGUCCCCCUGGACCUCCAGGUUUAGCUUUUUCUGGAGAUCCUGGGGAUGAAGGACCACCAGGACUACCAGGGCGAGAUGGUGCGAGAGGUGCAGCUGGACCCCCAGGAGAUACUGGCUUUCCUGGACCACCAGGAUUCAAAGGGCAGAAAGGACUUCCUGGUUUAAUCGGUUUCACAGGAUCAGAAGGUUUCAAAGGAAGUGAUGGACCACCAGGUUGUUAUAUUUGUGUGUGUCAUCUUCUGGCCAUUAUUCCAGGUCCCAAAGGUCGUAAUUGUACAGUGGUACCACCCUCUCAAAAACGCCCUCACAGUGGCCCACCUGGACGACGUGGGGCGCCAGGACCUCCAGGAUUCUCAGGAAUAGUUGGACGCCCUGGAAAUCCAGGAGCCAUUGGUUCCAAGGGUCAGACAGGCCGUCAUGGGUUGCCUGGAAGACCAGGAGCUGCAGGACUUCCAGGCCCACCUGGAGAUGCUGGAGAUCAUGGGCAAGAUGGUUUUGUAGGGCCACAAGGCCUACCAGGGCCCCAGGGUGAGCCAGGUAUCCCAGGACCAGUGAAUCCAGUGGGCUCUGGCUUUCUCCUGGUGAUCCACAGUCAGUCAGAAAUGGUGCCGGAGUGUCCAAUAGGCAUGCCUUUACUCUGGAGUGGUUAUAGUCUUCUUUAUUUGGAGGGCCAGGAGAAAGCUUACACACAAGACCUGGGCCGAGCUGGCUCUUGUCUGCGUGUUUUCAGCACCAUGCCCUUCUCCUACUGUAACUCUGCCGCCUGUCACUAUGCCAGUCGCAAUGACAAAUCCUACUGGCUGAGCACCAAUAACCCAUUGCCCAUGAUGCCCGUAUCAUGUGGAGAGAUCUACCAAUACAUCAGCCGCUGCGCGGUGUGUGAAGCUCCGGCUCUAGCCGUGGCAAUCCACAGCCAGAACACCAGCGUGCCCAGCUGUCCAGUCGGCUGGAGCAGUCUGUGGAUUGGCUACUCGUUCCUCAUGCACACUGGCUCGGGUGAUGAAGGUGGUGGUCAGUCUCUCACCUCAUCUGGAAGCUGUCUGAAGGACUUCAGGACUCAGCCAUUUGUGGAGUGCCAGGGUCCACGUGGAACGUGCCACUUUUUUGCCAAUGUCUUCAGCUUCUGGCUGACCGGCGUGAGCCAUGAGGAGGAGCGUGGCUUAGCACCACGGACUCACACUCUGAAGACCACUUCGCAGCAGCGAGCGUGCAUCAGCCGCUGCCAUGUUUGCAUGAAGCAACGAUGAACUGAAGUGGCCAGGUCAGCGUAGUUCAUUCCCAAAUGUCUUCAA